GAGUUGUGCUCCAAUAAUACCUAAUAAAUUUUCAUCCAUCUAUAAUCCGAGAAAAAGUCUGUCCACUAAAAAAAAAAGAAGAAAAAGGAGUAAAAGCCAUCUUCUCGAUUCUCAUCCAACAUCGAAAAGACCGAGCAAAGAGAAGAAUGCCAGAGCUACCGGAGGUAGAGGCGGCGAGAAGGGCGAUAGAGGAACAUUGCAUAGGGAAGAAGAUAAAGAAGGCCAUCAUUGCCGACGACAGUAAAGUCAUCGAUGGAGUCUCUCCUCCUGAUUUUGUGGCAGCGCUUGUUGGAAAAACUAUUGUCUCUGCUCUUAGAAAGGGAAAGAACUUGUGGCUCCAACUCGACUCCCCUCCCUUCCCUUCCUUUCAGUUUGGGAUGGCUGGUGCUGUAUAUAUUAAAGGAGUUGCGGUUACCAAAUAUAAAAGGUCUGCAGUAAAUGACUCUGAUGAGUGGCCUUCCAAAUAUUCAAAGUUUUUUGUCCAGCUAGAUGAUGGUCUGGAGCUUUCUUUCACUGACAAGAGGCGAUUUGCUAAAGUCCGCUUGCUUGAAGAUCCAGCUUCUAAGCCCCCGAUAUCUGAGUUGGGCCCCGAUGCAUUAUUGGAGCCGAUGACAGUUGAUGAACUUCAUGGAUCCCUAAGCAAGAAGAAAGUUGCAAUUAAGGCUCUAUUACUUGAUCAGAGUUUUGUAUCUGGAAUUGGUAACUGGAUUGCAGAUGAAGUGCUAUACCAAGCUAGAAUUCAUCCACUGCAGAUUGCUUCCAGCUUAUCCAGAGAAAGUUCUGCAACUUUACACAAUUGCAUCAAGGAGGUUGUUCAGUAUGCGGUUGAAGUUGAUGCUGAUUGCGACCGCUUUCCUCUUGAAUGGUUGUUUCAUUUUCGAUGGGGAAAGAAACCUGGAAAAGUUAAUGGUAAGAUACUUUUGAUAUAUAGUAAUCCUUUUGAUAAAAAAAAAAAAUUCUUUUUACAGGUGAUUGAAAAAGCAGUAGAAGUUGGGGCAGAUAGUAGUCAGUUCCCAAACAGUUGGAUUUUUCAUUCUAGGGAAAAGAAGUCUAAGAAGACUUUCAUUGAUGGGAAGGAGAUUGAUUUUAUUGUUGCUGGUGGUAGGACAACAGCCUAUGUACCGGGGUUACAGAAGCUAAAUGGAAACCAAGCUGGGAAAGCAGUGGGAAAACCAAAAGCAAGAACUUCAAAGAAAAAAAGAGAUGGGGAUGAUGAUGACAAUGACAAUAAUGAAGAUGGUGGCAGUGAACCAGCUACCGAGGAAGAAAAAAUUGCAAGAAAGGCCAAAUCAAAGAGAGAGUUGAGGCCUAAAAGUCCCGGGAAAAAGCCUUUAGCAAAAAGAAAAUCCAAAGCAAGUGAUACUGACAGUGAAGAAGAUGAGGUUGCUGCCACUGCUGACGACGACGACGACGACCACGACCACGGCGGCGAUCAGAAGAAAAAACCUAGAAGAGUGACCAGUAGAAAACAAGUCAUGGUAGGUAAAGCACCCAAGAAAUUGGUUAACAAUCAAAAUACUAACAAACCAAGGAAGAAAGUGAAGUAGAUUGCUGUUGUGAGGUAUCACAUGGUGCUGCCGAAGCCUGAGCCCUAAUUUUGGAAGUAUGGAAAGGUGGUAGGGCAUCUAGUUUUUGCUUGUAUUGACAGUGAAACGAAUUUGUCUGUCUUGUUCAAGUUACUGUCUUUCUGCUAAUGCCAGCGGCUUCUAUUAAUCGUACAACCAGGGCUCUCUGCCUCUGGAAGAUGUAAAUCUUAUUUGAAUGGAUUAAAUGAAAGAAUUUCUAAAUUAGCAAACAAA